CGUCGUUACGUCCUCUAUUUUAUUUAGGGUAAAUAUCUGAGCAGAAGAAUGGGAAGAAGACUGAUAUGUACUCAUGAUAUGAGUUUAUAACAAUAACGAUCAUUUACCAAAUGUGUUCGCAAAGCUGCCACAGACAGACAGAUCAUCAGUCUUGAAACAUAGACGUUGUGAAGAUGAGCAGGAAGACACCUAAUCGUCCAGGGAUCACUUUUGAAGUCGGUGCUAGAAUUGAAGCUCAAGACUAUCUACAAAAAUGGUACUCGUCACGCAUUGAGGACAUGGAUUUCGAUGAGGGGAAGAUGCUUGUCCACUUUGAUCGUUGGAGCCAUCGAUAUGAUGAGUGGAUCGCCUGGGACAGCACUAGGCUGCGGCCUCUUGGAAGGCCAACACUCCGUAAAGAGGGACUGAAGGAAGAAGAGGGGGAGGUGACUGAGAGACUCAGCGAGAUGUCAGCAUCUCGCCUUGAUGAGCUUCCUGGAUGUACAGAGAGCACAGAGGACCAAACAGAGUUACCGCAGCCGAGACAAGAAUUGAGAGAUGGUGAAGAGGUGCUUGCUCGAUGGACAGAUUGUCGCUACUAUCCUGCAAAGAUUGAAUCUGUAAACAAAGAGGGUAUCUACACGGUGCAGUUUUAUGAUGGAGUUAUUCGCUGUGUGAAAAAAAUUCAUAUCAAAUCUAUGCCCCAUGAUGCAAAAGGACAGGACUGGAUAGCCCUGGUGAAAGCUGCCUCGGCUGCAGCCAAGAGCAAAGGAAGCAGUACGCCUCGUACCAGCGCCAACAGCAACAAGGACAGGGACGACCCUCACGGAGGGAAGUCUGACGAUGAGGAUGGUCAAGAAGAGCUGGAUGAAGAGUUGCAGGAUCAGUCCGACUCUGACAAACUGGAAUCCCAUGAAGAUGAUGCUGACUGUAAGAAGGAGCAGACAGAAGUCCCAGUGACGUCCCAACAACAGAAGGUACCAAGAACAGCAGACCAUGAUUCCUUACAGGGGCGGACCCAGAGACAGACGGGGUCCUCUGUGACAGGCUCUCCAGCCAAGUGUCGGAAUAGGCGUCUGAAGCACCACUCUGGGGAGUCCAACAGCAGCCAGAAGCAGAGAGCGUCCAGGCCGCCGUGCUCCAUCACUACUCUGUCUGCUGGGGAGGACACCAUGUCAGCCCCAGAGGCCCUGCUGAGUCCCUCCCCCAGACACAGCUGCCCAGACACGGCUACCUCAGGGCAUGGUGAGACGGUUCCUCCAGGCUCCCCCAGGAGCUCAGAACAGAGCCAGAGGAGGAGACGCUCCCAGCGCCUGGCCACCGUCAGCCCUGAUAUAAACUCUGACCCCAUCGUGACCUCUCACCCCGCCACCACCCAGUGCCCUGACCUCUCACCUCAUGGGAGGGAGCACAACACAUCUCACAAAGACCCCUCCUCUCCAGAGGAUCAAAUGACAAACUCUAUGGAGAAGGCAGAGUCAUCGACCCUCCACAACUACUGUGUUGGCAUACCACCUACACCUUCAUCUGCUGCCUCCAUCCUCACACCAUCUCAUCCACCAAUCACACACAGAGACCAGCUGACUGACGGGCCAUCAGCCAAUCAUACGGCAGUGGCAGACAAAUUCCCACCCUUAGCUGCAGCUGCUGGGAGGAGAAGUAUUACCAGGACCUCUAAACUAAACAAACACACCAGGGAGCCAAUCAUGAACACCAAGUGGUGUGAUGACCCAACGUCUCCCAACGACCUGGACCUCUACAAGUGUAAGAUCCCUGGAUGCUCCAAGGCCUUCCGCAAAGCCAAGCUGCUGGACUACCACCUCAAGUAUUACCACAACGCUGACAAGGACCUCCAGGACUCUGAGCUGCCAGGCUCCCCAGACAGGGCUGGUCGUACCCGGGCCACAUCAGCCUCCAUGCCCACCACCACCACCCUGCUGGAGGUCCCUGACAACACAAAGAGACGCAGGACUGUCUCCACCUCAUCGUCACUGUACCCUCCGGGCCAUAUGUUCCAACUGGACUGUACUGGACUGGGGAGCUGUCUGAAACCUCCCAGGUUGAACAGGAAGAAGCGCUCCUCUGCCUCCAUGAGCUCUGACAGCACAGAGCUGUCUCUCCCUCCGCCGCCUCAGGAGAAGAGCUUCGAGUCCCUCCACGACAAGAUUCUGAAGAAGGUGAUCGAUAAGGACAAGCACCUGGAGCCAGGGUUAAUAAAGAAUGAGAAGAAGGUGAAACUGGAGGAGAAAUCCCAGGUGAUCGGAAAAAAGAAAGAUAAAGAGCGGAGGGACAGGAAAGAGAAGGAACACUUCAAAAUGAAACAGAAGAAGAAGAAGAAAAAGAAGAGGAAAUCUAAGCAGCACUGUACGUUUAGUUCAGGUUAUUCUGACUACGAGGACAUGUCCCUGUCCUUCCUGGAGCGAUCUACGGCGCCUGCUCUUCACCGCUCCUCCUCUUCCUCCUGCUCCACCACCAAACAUUACCAGUACCCCCGUGCCAUCCUCUCUGUCGACCUGACCGGAGAGAACCUGUCAGACAUAGAGUUCCUGGAGGACUCGACCACAGAGAGCCUGCUGUUUAGUGGAGAUGAGUACAACCAGGACUUUGACUCUCUAAACAUGGAGGACUUCCAGGAGGAGGAUGAGGAUGGUACCCAGGAGAUCGUCCGCUGUAUCUGUGAGAUGGACGAGGAGAAUGGAUUCAUGAUUCAGUGUGAGGAGUGUAUGUGCUGGCAGCACAGUGUGUGUAUGGGGCUUCUGGAGGAUAGCAUCCCGGACCAGUACAUAUGUUACAUCUGCAGAGACCCUCCAGGUCAAAGGUGGAGUGCCAAAUAUCUCCAUGACAAAGACUGGUUGAACAAGGGUCAGAUGUACGGCUUGUCCUUCCUCUCUGAGAACUACUCUGAGCAGAACUGUAAGACCAGCGUGUCCACCCAUCAGCUGUUAGCAGACGUGUUCAGUGUCAACAACGUCCUUCACGGACUACAGCUGAAGAUGGACAUACUACAGAACAAACACAAUCCCAAUUUGCACUUCUGGGCUCGGUCAUGGGUGAACUCUGACGAGGACCAGCCCAUGGGCGGUCUCCCUGACUGCAUCCACCUGACAGACAACUCUCUGAACAACCAGAACUCCUCCAAGACAGACACUUACAUCACCAGCGAACACAGCUACCAGAAACUCCCCAGCCCCGGACAGCUGGAACACUGGCCCUCUACAGACCCCCACGGCUCCAACAGCCAGGAGGGAGGAGGGGUGGGGGCGGACCUGGUGGUGGCUAAUACUAACCCCGCCUCUCACUCCACCCACUUCACAGCCAAGGAACAGGAAGUAAGAAAGAAGACAACUGCCCUGGCUGUACAUGGCUCCCUGGCUAUGCCUGCCUGUCUGAAUGAGAGGGGACCAGACUCAGUGCUGGCUGUGCCUGGCUGUCUGAAUGAGAGGGGACCAGACUCAGUGGAACAUGCCAGGAACUGUCUCCAGUGGCAGAUGAACCUCCUGACUCACAUAGAAGAUGUUCAGAACCAGGUGGCAGGCAGGAUGGACCUCAUAGAGAAGGAGCUUGAUGUGUUGGAGAGCUGGCUGGACUUCACUGGGGAGUUGGAGCCUCCGGACCCCCUGGCCAGACUGCCUCAGCUUAAACACCGCAUCAAGCAGCUCCUCACAGACCUGAGCAAGGUGCAACAGAUGAGCACCCUGUGUUCUGUGUGAGUUUGGGUUGGCCUGACCUAGGUAGAAUCUGGCCCGUGUCUGGCCUGGGUUAGCAUGGCAACAGCACCAGGCAUCUGGUGUCAUCACAGCACUUCACAGAGGAGAGUCCUAUCCAAACCCAGGGUGAACCCCGUCCUCUCUCUCUGGCACCGAAGCACAUCGUCUGCUGUGGUCCAUGAACUGUCAAACUGAGCAUACCCCCUCCUCCUCGACGACAGACUGUGGGAGUGAAGCUUCAGUUGGCUCAAUACAAGGGGGAUGAAUGGAUGUAUAGAGACCAACAGGAAAGAGUUGAGUCCAGUGGACUCUUGGUAUUGGAAAGAAGGGCGUUUUGAGUUGGAGUAACUGACAAGUAUUGAGUUGACGAAAUGGGACUUGUGGAUGAAAAGUACCAGUUUAAUACAGUGUUAGUUUGUAGGGCCCAGGACGUUUGUUGUUUUAACGAAAACUCCCUGUUAUGAAGUGCCCACAACGUUUUCAUAACCAGGAAAUGCGGGUUUGUCCACGCACAUUAAAUCUGUUCACACGCAUUCUAUGAAAUAGCUGAAAUUCAAUUUAAUUCAAUUAGAUUAUUAAAAUGCUAUGAGAUCACCUCGUCAUGAGUCCGUCCCAAAUAGAACCCUAUUCCCUUUAUAGUGCACUACUUUAGACCGUAGUACACUACAGUAUGUAGGGAAUAUAUGGGGGCCAUUUGGGAAACGACCCAUCACUCUCUUGCCUCAGUAAGAGCAGAGCUGUGGAAGCCUUGCUUGUGUGAUAUAUGAGUUCAUGCAGAAACUAAAUCACCAAGGUGAAUGUUAGAUGAUAUUGUAGCGAGCUUUAACCUGCCAGAAAUCUGUUCUGUUUUGGGAAACGUGGUCUGAAACUUGUUUGACAUGUUUUAAAAUUUCGAGUUCCCCCUCAAGUUCACACUAGGGUGAGAUGAUUUGUUUAAAAAAAACAGUGCUAACAUCAGUCAUUUAGCGACUGCAUUCUGAUUUCAUUUCAGGAAUCUAUUGCCACCUUUUACAAUCGUUAACUUUCAUUCUCUUUAUGUGCCAAGUCUGAAGGUAUGACCCAGCAAGUUUACAAUGUUAACAUGGGGAAAGAUAUAUAUAUAUAUUUGACUGGUGUAUGUAAUAUACCCAAUCCACAGACAGACAUAGGACUGUGUGUCUUCAGGAUAUCUCCAUGACAACCACGGAAAUGGCCUUGAUAUCACGGGAUAUCUGUGGCACGUUUGUCUCUGUGUGUAUGUCCCGAAAUGGCACCCUAUUCCCUAUGUAGUGCACUACUUUUGACCCUGAGCCCUAUGGAGCCUGUUCAAAAAGUAGCGCCCUGUGUAGGGAAUAGGGUGCCAUUUGGGGACGUAGCCUCUGUCUGUGGGGUUUUUGAUGCUUUCAGUACGGCCCUAGUAUGGCCGCUACGUCACAUAACACCACAAUGUCUUCGGGCUCAGGGGACACGUUUGACUUGUACCACAGUAAGCUAAAUUGCCAGCUGGAUGUAAAAUGCGUAUAUAAAAAAAAAAGCAAUGUGUUGAUUGCUGUUUUUUGGGUCAUUUAAUGUACAGUUUUUAUAACUGUAAAGAUGAGGAAACAUCUAUAGAAAUGCAUAAGAGGAUAAAAUAUACUUGAAGAAAAAUGACUAUGUUUAUUUAGAGUUUCUAUUAACCUGUAUAAAAAGUGUUUUAGAACCAGUCGGUAGGGGAGAAAACAAAGUAGAUUUUUAUUGACAUAUACCAGCUGUACAUUAAGAGUUUAUUUAAGACCUGUUCUUUGUGAUUUACUACAUGUACAAUGCCAUUAAAAAAAGAUAUUCUGGAUAUUUAA